UUUCAUGAUUGGAUUGCUGAACUCGGUUUCAACCGUCGCCCGAGUUCUCCAUGGGUGCUGGCGCGUCGGUGGACACAACAAAUGGGUCCCUCGUGCCAGCAUUGACGCCGCGGGUCAUGGUCUCCAUGCAAGCCAAGACGAGGUUGACUCCCGACGAACUGCAGUUGCUUGGGGCGCAUUUCCAACGGUACCAGCUACAGGACAGUCCAGCCGAUGCCAUCAGCUCUGACACUGUGACUUUGCCAACGGGGAGCGUCGACCGCGUCAAGUUCCAGCAAGCCAUGGGCCUUCCUGAAAAGGAAUCCAUCUAUGCCGAUCGUCUUUUCCACUUGAUCGACGCCAACCACGAUUCUCGCAUCUCGUUUGACGAGUUUGCCCAGAGCGUGUCGUUGUUGUCUACAAAAGCUACAUUGCCUGAGAAAAUACGAUUGUCGUUUGACAUUCUCGACAUGGACGGCGACGGCAAACUGUCCAAGCCCGAACUCACCACCAUGCUGCACACGACCACAUCCGAAAACAACAUCAAACUGACCAAAGAACAGAUCGAGCUCAUCGUUGACAAGACGUUUGUCGAGAUUGGCGCUGACAAGGAAGGCGUCAUCACGUUCGACGCGUACUCUGCCCUCGUCACGAAAAACGAAGGCAUGAUCAGCCACUUGUCCGUCAACCUUGCGUACCUGUUAAGCUCUACGGGCGUUCAGGCGACGCUUCAAGCAACCCAAUGAUAAUGUAACAUAACGACAUAGCUCUAGCCUACCUACAAUUGUAGCUGUGUCCACAACAUCGAAGAAAUCCGGUUUGCAACCGAACCAUCCAAUCACCAAUUACG